AUGCUUUUCAUUGUCUUGACGUCGCUAAAGCUUUGCGGCACUUGGGACAUCGUUGCGGCUGUGUUUCAACAACAGACAGUUACGUUCGAAAAGCGGGUCAUGACGUACUUGGAUGUGCUUCAUCCAUUCUUGUACCGGAAGUUCGUCGAAGCGGCCGCCGAAAAGUGGAGGAUGACUCGUCUUGCGUCUAUGAACCAACGUUUUGUGAACUUUCCUCAUGCAAGGUAUGCAACGGACGUCACGUUCCAGCAGACUAACAUACCCUCUGGAUCGUACGCCGAGAAGAAGCUUUUCUUUAGUGGGAAGCAUCAUUUGUACGGCCACAAAGUCGAGAUGUCCGUGCUCCCGAACGGCUUGGCUAUCUAUUGCUCUGCCUUCGCAAAGGGCAGUGUGUUGGACAAGGCGAUUUUUGAAGGCAAUGUCGAGUUCCACCGUAUCAACUUGGCCAAAAAGGGUAGCGAUGAUGUUCUUGUCCGCGGUCGCACCUCCGCGCUGGGAUCCUACACGGCAGUGUUGGUUCGAUGGCAAGAUCGGAACUUGGCACUUCACGAAGACGGAGCCAGCCAAACGUACCAGUCGGAACAGACCAGCAGGACAUCCAGUGAUGAAACCGGUUACCGUUACUCGCGAUGUCUACCGGCGCAUGCUUAUUGA